AAGGUUAUAAUUGGAGUAAUCUUCAUUGUCACUGAUUAUACUAACGGUUAACAUUGUGCGUUAAGUGGUUUCCUAUCAUCUCUUAAUUCCAUUGUAAAAGUGUCUUUAAACAUGAGUGAUUUCGUUAGCUGCUCCGUAAACACAACUGUUAUUUUUGGCACUCAGAAAAAGAAAAAAAAAACUGCGCAAAAUACAUUUGACGCGGCAACUUAGCGACGAAGAAAUUCACAGCGAUUCGACUUUAUAGGGUGGGUGUGUGACUGACGCUGUACAACUCAUCCAGUCAGGCCGAUCCAUACGAGUUUUUUUUUUGUGACAUUGAAUUCGCGAGACCGGAACGACGUCUCCCAAUCUUGUCCCGCCCCUCGAGUUGCACUGCUCCUUACAUUGGCUACACGGAGUCACGACUCAGCGAUGAUUGGUCAGCGCCAAAAUUAAUCUUUUGUUUCCCAUAUCCAUUUCUGUUCAGUUAUGGCGGCCCUCAAAGUGGUGAGAAGUGGCAGCAGGUUGUUAAAUGGUUUUCAGUCACUUUUGAACAAUCCAAGAAAGGUCACCUGCGGAGUCGCUGCCACCGUAACGAAGCAUCCGCGAUGGUACUGUGUUAGUCACCUGUCUGUGCAGGAGCGUAUUGAAAGGAAGCGGAAGGCUGCGCUCUCCGGGGGAGGUCAGCAGCGCAUCGAGGCGCAGCAUCGAAGGGGAAAGCUCACUGCAAGAGAGAGAGUGGAGCUGUUAUUAGACCCUGAUUCUUUCGUGGAGUAUGACAUGUUUGUGGAGCACCGCUGUUCGGAUUUUGGGAUGGAAGCAGACCACAAUAAGUAUCCUGGUGACAGCGUUGUAACUGGACAGGGCAGGAUCAAUGGACGAUUGGUAUACGUCUUCAGUCAGGAUUUUACGGUGUUCGGAGGGAGUCUCUCUGGAGCCCAUGCUCAGAAGAUCUGCAAGAUAAUGGACCAGGCAAUGAUGGUGGGGGCCCCAGUUAUUGGCCUCAAUGACUCUGGUGGUGCACGCAUACAGGAAGGGGUGGAGUCCCUGGCAGGAUAUGCAGACAUUUUCCUGAGGAAUGUUAUGGCAUCUGGAGUCAUCCCCCAGAUCUCUCUUAUUAUGGGUCCUUGUGCUGGAGGGGCUGUUUACUCCCCUGCUUUAACUGACUUCACAUUCAUGGUGAAGGACACUUCUUACUUGUUCAUCACGGGUCCAGAUGUGGUGAAGUCAGUCACCAAUGAGGAUGUGACUCAAGAAGAGCUUGGGGGGGCGAAGACGCAUACCGCUGUGUCUGGGGUUGCACACAAAGCCUUUGAGAAUGACAUCGAUGCCUUGCUGAAUCUCAGAGAAUUUUUCAACUUUCUUCCUCUUAGUAAUAAGGACUCGGCUCCAAUUACUGAGUGUCACGAUCCCAGUGAUCGACUUGUGCCGGGACUGGACACAGUGGUUCCGCUUGAAACGACGAAAGCGUAUGACAUGCUGGACAUCAUCCAUGGUAUUGCAGAUGAGCGGGAAUUCUUUGAGAUCAUGCCCAAUUAUGCUAAGAACAUCGUGGUGGGGUUUGCCAGGAUGAACGGCCGCACAGUUGGAAUUGUGGGUAACCAGCCCAAAGUAGCAUCGGGCUGUCUGGACAUAAACUCAUCUGUGAAGGGGGCUCGCUUUGUUCGUUUUUGUGACGCCUUCAACAUUCCCAUCAUCACUUUCGUGGAUGUGCCCGGGUUCCUGCCAGGUACCGCUCAGGAGUAUGGUGGCAUCAUUAGACACGGGGCAAAGCUGCUUUUUGCAUUUGCUGAGGCCACUGUGCCGAAGAUCACCGUGAUCACCAGAAAGGCUUAUGGGGGCGCAUAUGAUGUGAUGAGCUCCAAGCACCUCCGAGGAGAUGUCAACUAUGCCUGGCCCUCAGCAGAGGUCGCAGUAAUGGGUGCCAAGGGUGCUGUUCAGAUCAUUUUCAGGGGUAAGGAGAACCAGGCUGAAGCAGAAGCAGAGUAUGUGGAGAAAUUUGCCAAUCCAUUCCCCGCAGCUGUUAGAGGUUUUGUGGAUGAUAUUAUUCAGCCCUCAAUGACCCGGAAACGGAUCUGCCGUGACUUAGAAGUGCUGGCCAGCAAGAAACAGGCAAAUCCCUGGAAGAAACAUGCCAACAUUCCCCUAUGAAUACAGCACAGUAGCUGUAUGGAUUUAUCAGGGGUUUUUCCUACAACCAUUGUGGUAGUUUGUAUGCAUUAAUGAAUUAAAAAUUAACUUGUUUACACCCAUUA